AGCUGGCCUCCACUCUGCUGGUUGCCUUCAGGGGACUGGGAAAUUUGCUGUACUUGGAACAAGGGAGGAAAUUACUCAGCGAAGAACUAGAAAGACGACAUUUCCACGAACUUGGGGUUAAGUCCAACUGUCACAAAAGGAACUGUUGGCCCUACUAAGCCUGCAGAAGACAGUGCUUCGGGGAGUGAGGGUGUUUCGGAUCUGCAGCAGGUGGUCUCCCUGAAGGAGCGAAUGGCAAGGUACCAGGCAGCUGUUUCCAGGGGGGACUGCCGCAGCUUCUCAGCUAACAUGAUGGAGGAAUCAGAAAUGUGCACAGUGCCUGGUGGUUUGGCCAAGGUGAAGAAACAAUUUGAGAAGGACAAAAAUAUUUCUUCUUCCUGUAAUACCUUUUCUCAGUACCAGUAUCAACACCAGAACAGAUCUGAGCAGGAGGUAAUCCACAGCAGUCAGGAAAUGAGAAGAAAUGAACAAGAAGUUUCCAAAUCACAUGGAAUUGAUAUUCUCCAAACAGAAAUGGUGUCUCAUCUUGAAAAGCACACCCAGGAACUAAACCAAGCUUCUCAGUUCCAUCAGUACGUUCAAGAAACAGUUAUUGAUACACCUGAGGAUGAAGAAGUUCCUAAGGUUUCAACUAAGUUUCUGAGAGAGCAAUUUGAAAAAUCUGCCCAGGAAAAGGUCCUUUAUUCUGACAAAGAGACAACAACCCCAGCCAAGCAGAUUAAGAUUGAGCAUAAAUAUGAAGACACUAUAAAGCCAUCAUCUGUUGUGGGUUCCUCUUCCUCUACUUAUACUUCAACUAGUCAGAGAAAGGAAACAUCUGCUUCAAGAUAUAAUGAUCACAGUAUUACUUCCUCAACUCUGGCACAAGUUAAUGGUACUUCUUCAGGAAAGAUGGAAGAAUUUCCUCCUCCACCACCUGAUGUACUUCAAACUCCAAUAGAUGCAACAGCAUUUUCCCAGUCCCCUGAAGUCCCCAGUCCUCCUAAGAGAUUACCAGUCCCCAAAGAUUUAUAUUCCAAGCAAAGAAAUUUGUAUGAAUUAAACCGCUUAUAUAAACACAUUCAUCCUGAGUUAAGGAAAAAUUUAGAAAAAGAUUAUAUCAGUGAGGUUUCUGAGAUUGUUUCUAGUCAAAUAAACUCAGGGAGCUCAGUUUCAGCAGAUGUGCAGCAAGCUCGGUAUGUUUUUGAAAAUACGAAUGACAGUUCUCAAAAAGAUCUGAACUCAGAAAGAGAAUGCUUGGAAUGGGAUGAAAUUCUGAAAGGAGAGGUGCAGUCCAUAAGAUGGAUCUUUGAGAAUCAACCAUUAGAUUCUAUCAACCAUGGCUCUCCAGAUGGAGAUAACACUUCUAAGGGCAUUGCUGAUCAAGAAAUUAUUGCUGGUGGUGAUGUGAAGUAUACUACAUGGAUGUUUGAAACCCAACCCAUGGAUAUGCUGGGGGUUCAUUCUUCUGUCACUGAAGUAAAUGCUGAGAAAUUACCUGAGCUAGCCAGAGGAGAUGUCCGCACAGCCCGGUGGAUGUUUGAAACAAGGCCAUUAGACUCAAUGAAUAAAAUUCAUCAAAGUCAAGAGGAAUCAGCAUUAGCUAUUAUUAAGGAUAUAACUGGGGGAGAUGUCAAGACUGUGAGAUAUAUGUUUGAAACUCAACAUCUGGAUCAACUUGGACAGCUUCAUUCAGUGGAUGAGGCUAACUUACUGCAACUCAGGUCUGAGCUCAAAGAAAUUAAGGGAAAUGUCAAGAGAAGUAUAAAAUGUUUUGAAACUCAACCAUUAUAUGUUAUUAGAGAUGGUCUGGGUCAAAUGCUAGAAAUUAAAACUGUUCACAGAGAAGAUGUAGAAAAGGGGGAUGUGAGAACAGCACGUUGGAUGUUCGAAACACAGCCUUUAGACACAAUUAACAAGGAUAUUACAGAAAUUAAAGUUGUCCGGGGAAUAUCCAUGGAGGAAAAUGUCAAAGGUGGAGUGAGUAGGGCAAAGUGGUUAUUUGAAACCCAACCACUGGAAAAAAUCAAAGAGUCAGAAGAGGUCAUCACUGAAAAGGAAACAAUCAUAGGCACAGAUGUGUCCAAAAAGUGUUGGAUGUUUGAAACGCAGCCAUUAGACAUUCUAAAAGAAGUUCCUGAUGCAGAUCCUGUGUCACCUGAAGAGAUCAUAGGGGGUGAUGUACAAACCACCAAGCACCUAUUUGAAACACUUCCAAUGGAGGCUUUAAAGGAUAGUCCUGAUGUUGGAAAGCUUCAAAAAAUCACUGCCUCUGAAGAAGAAAAAGGUGAUGUCAGGCACCAGAAAUGGAUUUUUGAAACUCAACCUCUGGAAGAGAUAAGAGAAGGUAAAAAAGAAUACACACGAACAGUGAAGCUUGAAGAAGUCGACAGAGGAGAUGUCAGAAAUUACACGCAUAUCUUUGAAUCAAACAAUCUAAUCAAAUUUGAUGCAUCACAUAAAAUAGAAGUGGAAGGAGUCACAAGGGGUGCUGUGGAGUUAAACAAAUCUCUUUUUGAGACAACACCACUGUAUGCUAUUCAAGAUCACCUUGGAAAGUACCAUCAAGUAAAGACAGUUCAGCAAGAAGAAAUCCUAAGAGGUGACGUAAGAAGCUGUAGAUGGCUUUUUGAAACAAGGCCCAUUGACCAGUUUGAUGAAAGUCUUCACAAAUUUCAGAUAAUUAGAGGAAUAUCUGCUCAAGAAAUACAGACUGGAAAUGUGAAAUCUGCUAAAUGGUUGUUCGAAACCCAACCUCUUGAUUCAAUUAAAUAUUUCAGUAAUGUGGAAGAAACAGAAACUAAAACUGAACAAACUACAGACAUUGUUAAAGGUGAUGUCAAAACCUGUAAAUGGCUAUUUGAAACCCAGCCAAUGGAGUCUCUUUAUGAAAAGGUUUCAUUAACGAGUGGCAGUGAAGAAAUUCAUAAAGGAGAUGUCAAAACCUGUACUUGGCUUUUUGAAACCCAGCCACUUGAUACCAUAAGAGACAACUCUGAAACAACAGUCAAGUUACAAACUGUCAAACAGGAGGAGAUCCAAGGCGGGGAUGUUCGUUCAGCAUGUUUUCUUUUUGAGACAGAAAAUCUGGACAGCAUACAAGGAGAGGAGGGGAAAGAAACCAAGCCUGUGGAAAUGGAGAUCCAAGCUGGGGAUGUCUCCAGCAUGAGGUAUAAAUUUGAAAAUCAAUCCUUAGAUUCUAUAAGUUCCAGUUCAGAGGAAGUUUUGAAAAAGAUCAAAACCCUAAAAAGUGAAGAUAUUCAGAAAGGCAAUGUUUUAAACUGUAGGUGGCUGUUUGAAAACCAACCAAUUGAUAUGAUAAAAGCAAGCCAAGAUCACAAUGGAUCAGUUAAGACAGUGACAGACAUACAAGGUGGGGAUGUAAGGAAAGGGUGCUUCAUUUUUGAGACUUUUUCUUUAGAUGAGAUUAAAGAGGAAUCUGACUCUACCAGCACCAAGAAGACAAUUACUGAAGAAGUAAUAAAGGGUGACGUAAAAAGCUACAGAAUGCUCUUUGAAACCCAACCACUCUACGCAAUUCAGGAUCGAGAAGGUUAUUUUCAUGAAGUGACAACGGUUAAAAAGGAAGAAGUAAUUCAUGGAGAUGUACGAGGAACAAGGUGGCUUUUUGAAACAAAACCAUUAGACUCAAUCAAUGAAUCACAAACUGUGUAUGUUAUUCAAUCUGUCACACAAGAAGACAUUCACAAGGGAGAUGUUAGUUCUGUCAGAUACAGAUUUGAAACUCAGCCACUGGACCAGAUUUCAGAAGAGUCACAUAAUAUCGUGCCCACUGUUGACUGCAUUCAAGGCGGCAAUGUGAAGACGAGUAAGCAGUUCUUUGAGUCUGAAAAUAUUGGUAAGAGCAAUUACGUAAGGACAGUAAGUGUCAACGAAAUACAGAAGGGCAACGUGAAAACAUCCACUUGGCUAUUUGAAACUCACACAAUAGACGAGCUAAGAGGAGAAGGAUCAGAAUAUGAAAAUAUCAAGACAGUCACCCAAGAAGAUGUGCAGAAAGGUGAUGUUAAGCAGGCAGUGUGGCUAUUUGAAAAUCAAACUUUGGAUUCUAUUAAGGAGGCAGAUGAAAGCCCCACCAAAAUGACUAAGGAAGAAAUCCCUCCUUCUGAUGUCAAAACAACUACAUGGCUCUUUGAAACAACACCUCUUCAUGAAUUUAAUGAAACUAUAAUAGAAAAAGUAGAAAUUAUUGGCAAGAGCAUUAAAGAAACCUUGCAAGAUCUCUACUCUCAAAAAGUUAUUGAGGCUCCUGGAAUUAUCAUUGAAGCUGAUGAAGUUGGAGAUGUCCGGAUGGCAAAAUACAAGCUAAUGAACCAAUCAUCUCCUGAGAUACAGAAAGAAGAAAUUAUCAGGGUAGAUCUCAGAAGUAUAAUGAUGAACUUACUCUCCAAAAGAGACUGUACCAAAAGAGAGAUUUGGGUUAGUGAAGAGGAGAAGGGAAAUGUCAAUUUCACUAAAACUCAAUUAUUAAACAGGUCAACUGAAGUUCAUGCUGAAAAGGAAGAGAUAGUGAGAGGUGAUGUACAGCAAGCAAUAAAAAACCUGUUGUCAGAGGAAAGACCUGCAAAGAGAGGCAUUGUAAUUCAGGAAGAUGAAAGAGGAGAUAUUAACAUGACUAUCUAUUGUCUUCUUCAUGAAAAUGCCAGUGACACAAUUGAGCGUGAGGAAGUCAUAGGAGGGGACGUGAGACGUGCCAUUCAUAAUCUGUUGUCUUCCUCAUCAAACAGUAAAAUAUCUGAAAGGGCUAAAAUCGAUGCUUCUGAGAGGGGAAAUGUUCAGUUUUUUACAACGUGCAUAGAAACUGGAGCUCUGGAUUAUCUCAAACAACUCCAGACAGGGUCUGAUGAAACACUAAUGACUAAGAAACCAGAAGAGGAGGAGAUAAUUGGUGGUGACGUUGAGGGCACAAAACUGUUACUAAAGAGAAGGCAGUCUCAGGUGGAACGCACUGUUAGUGAAGCUGACAUCAUUCCGGGAGAUGUGCACAACACUGUUAAAAUGUUUAUGGCAGAGCCUCAGAGUUCAUCUCAUGAGACACACAAAGAAGAAAUCAUAAAAGGAGACUUGAAAUCAACCCUGAAUUCCCUCAGCCAGGCCAUAAGUCAGAAAGCAGUGGCUAAAACAGAAGAAAUUGUAAAAGGUGACAUGCUAGCCACACUCAAGUCACUUCAGGAGUCAACCCACCGAUGGAAAGGAUCUCAACAGCCAAGUGCCAUCCCGUGCGAUAUUGAGCAAGCUAUUGAGUGCCUUGAAAAGGCUACUAACACAAAGACAGAAAUCCUGAAAAAGGAGCUUAUUCGAGAUGAUCUUGAAAAAUCCUUGAGGUCUUUGAAAGAAGUACAGAAAGGUUUUAAAGAAGUCAACAAAGAAAGUAUAAUCAGAAAAGAUGGCCAUACUGGGAUGGGUGGAUCCUCAGAAAGGCAGGAAACAGAAGUCAAUCAGGUGGCUGUGCAGAGGGACAAGAAAAGUGUUCUUCAGCCAAGGCCAGGAGCAUUUGAACCAAAAGCCAGUUGGCAAGGGGGGGCAGAAGCUCUCAGUGCAAUGACAGGUGAAUUAUGUCAUGGGACUUUAACAGAAGAAAGAUCUGAGGUUUCUCUCCCAAAGGCCCCAAAAGGCACGGUAAAGAUUGUCAUAGAUCGCGAACAGAACAAUGAUGCUCUUGAGAAAAGCCUCAGAAGACUAUCUAAUUCACACCACCAAGAUAUAACAAAUGUGUUGGAAACAGGCAGUAGAAUGGGUGUGCAGACCGAUACCACCAAAGAACAGCAGCUCAGUGACAAGCACAUGAGCAGACAAUUAACUUCCACUGUGUCUGUGAAGGAAAACCUAAAAUCUACAGAAUCAGAGACAGUGAGGAAGCUCAAGAAGGAUGAAGUCUUCAACUCCACUGGAUCAACUGACAGAACACUUGAGAAGCAACAGGUUCAAACCUGUGAACUGAAGAAUGGCCACCAGAAGACUGAGACUUUCCAUGAAAAGAGUCCUAAAAAGACCAAAAACAUUAAAAUACCAACAGAGACACAAAGAUUCACACCUGGUCCUACCCAGCAUCCAGGCCACAUGCAAAUUGGAGAAAUGUAUGAAGUCACAAGGGACUUUCAGAAGCAAACUCUGUUAAAGCAAGAGAUGCAGUAUUCUAAUAAGGAUAUAAAGAAAAAUAGUAUGAACCUUCAGCCUUUGCCUGUAGAUGAAGACAUAUCCAAUAUAACAGGAGUGAAAGUCUCUGAGAAAAACCACAAUAAAUUCAAGGCAACUGACAAAAAGCAGAAAAGUGAUAUUCAUCUGGAAAGUCAGGACUUUCUAAUGAAGACAAAUACUUCCAAAGACUUAAAGAUGGCAAUGGAAAGGUCCUUUAAUCCAAUCAACUUUAACCCUGAGAAUAAUGGAAAAGAAAGUGAGGGCUCCCUUCCACCUCCAUCUCCACCUCCUCCUCCACCUUCCAAUGCAUCAUCUGAAAUUGAAUUUCCUCUUCCUCCUCCACCUCCUUUAAUACUAUUGCCUGAAAAAAAUGAGUUUCCUCCCUCACUUUCAACAGAGAAGAUAAGGGCUGAAUUUGAAAGCUUCUCAGGCCUCCCUCUUCCUCCACCACCUGCAGAUGAGAAAUCUGAGAAAGAAUCUCUGUCAAUAUUCCUUCCACCUCCCCUUCCUCCAGCUCAAUCUCAAAUACCAGCACAUCUUCUUUCCUCUUCAGUUCCAGAAAAGCACAGUGAAGCAUUCAUACAACAGUAUUCCCAGAAAGAAGCCUUGAGCUCUCAGGAAACUCAUUCUCAAUGUAAAGUCAUUACAGGAAAAUCACCACCUCCCACAUUACCCAAGCCCAAAUUUCCCAAGAGAAUCCAAGAUAAAAAGAACCAGCUUCUCCCAAAAGUUGAACUGGAAGAUUCCCUGUCCUCCUCAGUUCCAGAAAAACAUAGUGAAGCAUUCAUACAACAGUAUUCCCAAAAAGAAGCCUUGAGCUCUCAGCAAAUUCAUUCUCAGUCUAAAAUCACAACAGGAAAAUCACCACCUCCCACAUUACCCAAGCCCAAAUUUCCCAAGAGAAUCGAAGAUAAAAAGAACCAGCUUUUCCCAAAGGUUGAACGGGAAGAUUCCCCAUCAAACAUGGAAUGUAAAACUACUCCCUUAAAGUAUGAGAAAAAAGUAGAGAUGGCUAUGAGCAGUGAACACACAGAGACAAAGCAGAACACAUUCAGAAAGAGCCUUGAUGAGAGAAAACAGCUAUCUGUUGACUCUGCAAAGUCUCUCUCACAGACAGUUCCUGAAACUUCUGCACUCAAAGGAAAGCAGAUGGUACCUCUCAUAAAAUCUCACUCAUUUCCAGCAGUUUCAGGACAACAAAGUCCAAAACCUUAUAUGAGAAAAUUUAAGACACCUUUAAUGAUUGCUGAAGAAAAAUACAGGCAACAAAGGGAAGAGCUUGAAAAACAGAGAAAAGAGAUGUCUUAUUGCCACAUUGUCAGAACGGAAAACCAAAAUCGAGACCUAUCAGAGUUGGAAAAGGAAACAGUCUUGCAAAAAACAAAUAAAGAGGUCCCCCUACCCACAACUGAUUCAGUGCUCCCUGUGGCCCAGCCCAUCCCAGUGCUUUCAGACUCUGAAAGCAAUAUUCAAGUUGCAGGAGCACGCUCUGAUGACCAGCUUUCAACUGCAUCAGCAGUGACAGUCGCAGCCACAAGGCUCCAGCAUGCUCAAGCAGCCUCAGAAGAGAAGACUAAAGUGAAAAAAGAAGUCUUACAGAGCUCUAGGGAUACUACACAAUCUAAAUCUGCUUGUGAAAUUAACCAGAGUCACCAAGAAUGUAGUACACAGCAAACACAGCAGAAGUGCCUUAGGCAGUUGCUCUCGCCUCAGAGCAAAUCAGGUUCCCCAAGUUUCAAAGUGAAAACCAUCAAGCUUCCUACUGUAGAUCAUGUAGACAUCAACUAUGAAAGUCACCGAAAGCAAUCUCAAGUAGACGUUCAAGCCAUUACCAAAGAGCAGCAUCAGGAAACCAAGAAAACUGAAGCAAGUACAGAAUACAGUAAUAGGCAAGCUGUGACUGAACAAUAUUACCAAAUACCCAAAAAGGAGAAAAGAGUGACAAUUCAACUGCCUUCAGAAUUUUCAGAGAAAAGCCAUGAAAGUAAGUUCAAAAUUGUUCCUGAGAAACAAAGAGAUUUUAGGGAACCUGUGAGAGGGAAGUUUCUAGAAACUGAAGAAAAAAAUAGGGGAACAUCAAUGAUUAGCUCAAAAGAAGAGAGAUUGAUAGUUGAAGGACAACAAGAACAUCUGAGUAAUAGGUCAGCACCGAAGGCAGUCAAACAGAAGAUUAUUGAUGCACACUGUGAGUCACAGACUCAGAAUUUUCAGCAAACACAAAUACAGACUUCUGAAAGUACAGUUGAACAUAAAAAAUUGUCCCAGUCAUGUGAUAUUCAGCAGGAAAAAAAAUGCCUCAGAGACAAGGGCAUCCAACAGAAGCAAGUCUCCUCCAAUACUAAAGAUUCAAAGCAAGAGAUUACACAGAACAAAUCUUCAUUUUCCUCUGUGAAAGAAUCCCAGCAGGAUAAUGGAAAAUGUGCUGUAAAUAUAUUGGAAUUCUUGAGAAAACGUGAAGAACUACAACAGAUUUUGUCUAGAGUAAAACAGUUUGAAGCAGAGCCAAAUAAAAGUGGCCUUAAAACGUUUCAGACACUGUUAAAUAUUAUUCCGGUAUGGCUGAUAAGUGAAGAAAAAAGAGAAUACGGAGUUCACAUUGCCAUGGAGAAUAAUUUAGAAAAAGUCAAAGAAGAAAUAGCACGUAUUAAAACGCAAGCUGAGGAUAUGCUUGUGUACUGUGAAAAUAAAAUUCAAACAGCCAUGAUCACCUCCAAAACUGGAUUGCAAGAAAAUAAACCUAUUAGUCUUAAGGAAGCAUCCUCAAAAGUGUCUAAUACUAAAGCCAGCUAUAAUGAAAACAUGGAACAAAAAGAAAAUAAAAUUGUAGAAGAAAAAAUAGCGCACCACCAAGAAGCAACUCAUCACGAAGCUACUGUUCAUAAUUGCACAAAAACCCAUGAGGAAAUUAAGCUGGAUGACAGCAAGAUUUCUCCUCCCUCUUUAAAAACUCGUCCACCAUCACCUACUUUUAUAACAAUUGAAUCUACUGCCCGACGAACAGAAACCUCAGCUAAGGAUGAGCUUUCUCAGUCCCCUAAAAAGGACAGUUGUGUUGAACCCCCCCCAAGAGGGCCAAUGCCACAAUCACCUAGAAUUCACAGAGCAAACACCUCCCCUUCUCCACCCAGGAGUCGCUCUGAACAACUUAUCAAACUCAAAGACACAACGGCAAAGUUAUCCAGAGGAACCGUUCCGUGUCCGCCAGCAACCCCGGUUCCAAUUGUAGAGAAGAGGACGGAAAUCAUCAGGUCCCCAGCAACACUUCGUCGUCAAAUAAAGAUAGAGAGUCGUGACAGGGUCUCUCCACCGACAAUCACAAUACCUGUGCAUGUGAAUCACAUUGGUGGUGCUUCCUUCAGAGAAUCCAUGGAAGCUCAAGAGGAAGUUAGGAAAGUGGAGAAAAGGGCGACAUAUGUUCAUAAAGAUGGAGUGAAUUCCAUCAACGGCAUCGUGCCCGACACUGAGAGUUAUGAUGCAGUCGAAGUCAUCCGCAAGGUGGAAGUGCCUCGCCUGUCAGAGCACACACAGAGAUAUGAAGCGGCCAAUCGAACUGUUCAAAUGGCUGAAAAGUAUGUGAAUGACCGUGAAAAUGAAAUAAACAGGUGGUUCAGGGAAUUUGAGGAAGGCCCAGUUUUUGAAGCCAAGUCAGAUAGAAGAGUCUAUGCAAAUGGAGAAGCUAACCAUAAUAUAAAACAAGAGAGUCGUACAUUUUGUAAGGAGGAAUUUGGAGUAACAUCUUCAGAAAACACUAAUUUUGCAGACUUUUCUUACAAAUAUCCCAUAGAAUUCCAAGAAAAAAUUUCUGUUAAACAGCCCAAAGUACGCUCAGAAACAAGGUCUCUGAGUGAACAUUUCUCAGGCAUGGAUACAUUUGAGAGUCAAGUUGUUGGAUCAAAGGUGACGGCUUCAUCCUCACAUAGCUCUGAAGCUGGUAAAUCUGGCUUUGACUUCAAGCAUGCCCCACCCACCUAUGAAGAUGUUAUUGCUGGCCAUAUUUUAGACAUCUCUGAUUCACCUAAGGAACUCAGGAGGAAUUUUCAAAAAACAUGGCAGGAGAGUGAAAGAGUUUUUCAAAGUCUGGGAUAUGCAACCUCAGAAACUUCUGCAACUGAGACCACCUUCCAGGAGGGAUCUGCAUUUAUAAGUGAAGCUGCUACUCCAAGACAAGGAAAUAUGUAUACUUUGUCAAAAGACAGUAUAUCCAAUGGAGUGCUUAGUGGCAGACAAGCAGAGUUUUCAUAAGUCCUGCUUCCGAUGUUGUCAUUGCAACAGUAAACUGAGUUUGGGAAAUUAUGCAUCACUUCAUGGACAAAUAUACUGCAAACCUCACUUUAAGCAACUUUUUAAAUCUAAAGGAAAUUAUGAUGAAGGUUUUGGACACAAACAGCAUAAAGACCGAUGGAAUUGCAAAAAUCAGAGCA